AUGUCUUCAUCUGACCAGAAUGUGAGCAUGUUGAUGGAGAUGGGCUUUGAGUCAAGCCGUGCCGAAGAAGCCCUUCGUGUCUGCGAUGGUAACAUGGAACGAGCUGUCGAGUUUCUGUUUAGUGGUGGAACAUCCGGUGGUGCCGCAACCAUGGCAUCGUCCACUGGUGGCGGUGGCGUUGGCAGCAGUGAAGAUGUGGUGGCAUCCCUGAGUCAAUACAGUGUGGAUAAUGGACGAUCUGCUUGUACUUGUAUAGCUCUGACGGCCGCACGCAAUUUCUUGCAGAAUCCCAGUGCCGCCAUUCAAGCUCAGUUUUUGGUGGAUGCCAUUCAACAGGGAGUUUCCAACUAUCAGCAAUUAUGCAAUAAUAACAGCAGUGGUGGAGUGGAACACAAGUCGGCCGAAGAAGUAUUACAGGCAGCCGCUUCUUCUACCAAUACUAAUCCAUUUGCCCAAUUGAAAAUGACGGCGGGAGGAAUUCGACAGGGCAUUUUGUCCAACACGAAUACCCGAUCCGACAUGGGACUCUAUACUCUACUUUCGGCAUGUCGACAAGAAGCACCCAGUGAUGCCUGGUUGGCGGUUCUCAUUACCAAAACACCAGAAACUGUCCUCGCCAUUCUACCACCACCCUCCACACAACCACAAAAAUAUCUGGUGAUUGAUUCCCAUCCACGACCCGGAGUGGUCCAAGGCAAUGGAGCCUAUGCCCGCAUCAUGUCAACUUUGGAUGAUCUUGUAGCCCAUUUGAGCACCAUUUUGCCUGCCACGGAAUUGGGACCGGAUAUUCCAGAAAUGAUGGCCAUGAUGUACAACAGUUUUGAUUUGUAUCCCUUGCUGUUAUCAACAUAG